AUGGAAUUAACCCGUCUCAUAUUCCCCUUUCUUCCCAGGGUGACUGGUGGGGAGCUGUUUGAGGACAUCGUAGCCAGAGAGUACUACAGCGAAGCAGACGCCAGGUCAGUGUCACACAGAUUCACUUAACAGCAACUAUGUUAUUGGUCUAGUCAAACACAUGUCAGUGGAUCUGAAAGCACACAUUCUAGUUCACUUAGUUGUAUACAAUAGACUUAGAGGAUUUUUCAUCAUUAGAGUUUAAGAUAGGUUUUAAAAUGACACCAGUUACUGCCUCUACAUAACACAUUACAUGUGCACACACACACACACACACACACACACACACACACACACACACACACACACACACACACACACACACACACACACACACAAUCUAUAUGUGUGUUACUGCAUGCACCCUCCUUCUCUUUGUUACUGUAGUUUAGUAAUAGUGUUUAUAGUAUCUGUAUUAUAUAUCUGUGUGUGCUGUCUGUAAUGUAUCUUAUGAAUAUAAUCUUCUGUCAUCUGUUUUUCUUCAGUUUUUCUGUUGCUCUCCUAAAACGAGGCUGCCGUCUGCAGAUCUAUUUCUUCCUGUAUAGCAUACUUCAUUAAUAAACAAUGACCUGAGUUUGAAAUCAUAUAAUUUUAAUCUGGCUGUUUCUACUCAUUCCAAAAAAGAAUGUUCAGUUUAAAGUAAGACUGUUAAAAGAUUCAGUCCUUUUGUCAUUUCUGGCAUUGAAAGCCAAUUAGCAUUCUUGUGACCGAAAUAGCAUUAUCACUUUCCAAAAGAUUAAGUGGUAGAACAAAAUGUGAACUUUACUCUACUUCUCUCUUGAGUUUUUACUUUUGAUAUUAUUAUAGUUUCACUGGCCUUUCUCGUUUUUGUUGCUGUUUUUUGUAUUUUUUUUCUGAUGUGUGUUCUCUCCUCCUCGCUUCUUCUGGCCUUGUCUCUCUCCUCCACAGCCAAUGCAUACAGCAGAUUCUAGAAAGUGUAAAUCAUUGUCACCAAAGUGGUAUAGUUCACAGGGACAUGAAGGUUAGUACACAACAGAGGCUAUGCUGGCACCAUGCCCGCCUGCCCACCCGCCGCCCAAAAUCCACCACCAAUUAACAACCACCAACCCCCCCUCACCCUGUACCCCCACCAGCCGCUUGCCUCUUCCUCUCUUCCAAACUCAAUCCCCUACCAGCAGCCACCCUGACCCCUCCACCAAUCACUACUUGUGGCUGAGGUCAGGUGGCCCACCAGGGGGCGUGGGCGGCAGGGUGGUGAGGGGGGGAGGGUGACACAGCUCAACCUUGCCCUCCAUUGUAUGCCCAAAGACGAUGUGCAUGUAGCGUCUCUCUCCGGUCCUCGUCUCUCUGCUCUGAACGCCUGCUGUGAGCCUGGGUCUUGGGCGUAUUUGAUAAGCCCCUCUGGUUUAAGAGGGGUAUAAAUAGGAUCAAUUCAUCCACCUCCUCCCUCCUCGCCCUCCCCAGGGUCGAGCUCACAGCCAGCGGGGAGCUAACACCACUUCUGUUUUGAGACCCGGGGGGACAGUGGGUGGGGGUGGUGGGUGAUGAUGUCAUAGCCAGAUAUCCUUGUUCUUAAUGGUCCAAUCAGAACACACUUUUGUCUAACUUAUUCUGCAUUCACUUAUUAGAACAUCUACAACCUUUCCUUCAUCUUAUAGUCAAGGCAAUCACAUUCAAUUGGGUUAAUACAUUGGCUCUACACUGGGGUACUAGUGUUAUAGGGGUGGUAGUUGGAGGGAUAUUAACAAAUCAUUGGCCUAAACAUCAUCCCAAUCACCACCUCCACCACCACUGCUGCCCCCCCCCCCCCCCCCCCCCAGUCUCAAGGUGAGCGCAUGGCACACAGUGAGUGUGAGCUUGUCACUAACCCACGCCCCCUGGUGUUUGCAUGCAGUCAUUGCAUUCAGCAGAUCCUAGAGGCCGUGCUCCACUGCCACCAGAUGGGCGUGGUCCACCGCGACCUGAAGGUGAGUAGAGACACUGGGAAGCCAAACACAGCCCUUCCUCUUCUUCUUCUUCCUCCUCCUCUUCCUCCUCCUCUUCUUCCUCUCACUCCAACUCUUCUAGUUGCAGGGAGACCCAAUCAUCCUGACUGACUUUCAGACUCAUCCGUUUGACUUUGAGGGUUAAGCACUUUGAUAGACUGUCUCCGACACGUCUUGUUCAGUUGAGACAUGAGACAUGGGAGCCACAGGGUCAAAUUAUGAGUUUGAACUUUUCCACUGCAUUAGUGAUUGCUCAGCCAGUUAAAAGCUGAUGAAAUAGUCAUUACUAUUACUAAAUAGUAAUUACUUAUUUGGGACUUUUGGAAAGGCAUGUUGACCUUUUACGUCCACACCUCUACUGAGGCACUGUGUUGGUCUACAGAACAGUGACACAGGUGUUAAUAGGCACGGAAAUAGGACCUGCAAUCCCUCCAAUUAAAUGGUGUAUAAAAUCAGGCCUUGCUAAAAAAAGAAAACGUGGCAGGAGAAAAUGGGAUGAGUGAAGUAAAAAUGUCACAUUGUCCAAGUAGAAUUUGGAGACUUGCCAUUGUUGGGUCUUUCCACCAAUUCGGUGCCUUUUGAGAUGUGUAACUUGGUAUAAAAUAAACAAAUACUUUUGAAUUUUUAAAUUCUGUCACAAAGAGCAAAUGUUCAACUUAAUAAAAAAACAAGUUUCCCCAUCUCGAGGCUAAAUAACAAAAAUACUAUUAAGUGCUUAUUAGGUGCCAAAUAAAGUAACAGGGUUGCGAUUUCAUCUUAAAUCCGCUAUAAAUCCCCUUGUGGCAGGGGGAAUGGAAGCUUGUUGUGUGCAACAGGAGGGGCAAUUUGAAUGCAAGCUUCACAAAAAAAUGUAAAUUGUUAAACCAUUUCUAGCCUGUCUAUCUAUGGGUAACAGGGUUGACGUGUUAUGCGUGACCUGCUCAGUGUUACACCAGAAAAUACCAGAAAAUGGCCAAAAAUAGUAGAACCAGCUCACCUGCUUUUACACAAUGAUUUUACUAUUUUAAAAGGAAUAGUAGUUUCACCAUAUUCAAAAAAGAGUUCAGUUCACAUAACAGGGUUGACCUUAAAAUGAGGGACAGGUUUGAAUCACUAAUCACAUGAAAUAAAUAAUAAUCUUCAGAAAUGACUGUCAAAGCAACACAAUAACUAGGGCUUUACAAUUAUGGUGAAAACUUUGAGAAAUAUUGGGUUUAAGUGGGACAAAAUCUUCCUGGAAGUCAGAGGGUGCACAGAGGGACAUGUCAAAAUGCAGAUUUUUUCUUACUUUAGCAAGUCUUUAUUCAUAUAAAAAAUUGGGAUUUAUUGAAUUCUUCAUGUGGUUUAUAUUAAAGGGCAUUUCAUUGAACAUAACAGGCUUUUAAAAAUCUAUAUUGGUGCACAAUUUUUACUUAAAAUAUCAAAAGCCACUCAUUUCAUGGAACAACCCUGUUAUACACUCCUUCUCCAAUCUCCCAAACUCCCCACGUCCCCGUCAUUGCCGUCAUGGCAAGUUUCAGAACUCAAAUUUGCUAAUCAAAUGAGCCAGGUGCAGCCAGGAGCUCCAUUUCACUCCUGAAAUAAUCACCCCACGUUUGCAUUCGCCUAGGCCCUCUCUGGCAUUGCUCUGAUUGGCUGCUACCGGCUUGUUACCAUGGGGAGUGGCGGAAUCGACAAAAACAAAAGAAAUAUGAACAAAACAAAGCAUGAAAGAGGCCGAUGAAAGGCCAUAUCUUCAGACUGGUGUGACCUACGUGUGAGUGUGUGUACGUGUGUGUUGGGGGAGGACCCAUAUUGACACACACACACACUCACACACACUCAUGCAUAUAGUAAUUUUGACAAGACACACUGUAAUCGUACUGAACAGUACCAUUGUAUCCAACCAAACUAAAUUUAGGUGGACACAGUUAAGCGGUUGGCACUCUAGACUGUUUCCACCAGACCACACACAGACUGACUGCAUCAGAACAGACAUCCCUCUCAAGCUGUUCCUUCAAGACUCAUUGACUUCUGACGGCACUCUGUUCAGCUCUACCUCCUCAUUUCCGUCUCAUUAUCCCUGCUCAUCUGUCCAUCUCUUUUUUCAUGCCUCUUCCCUCUUUCUUUCACUCCUCUUCCCUUCUUUUUUUCCUUUCACCCUUAACUGAACUCUUCCCUCUUGUCCUCCUUCAUUCCCUCUGUCCAAUCUCCCCUCCUCCUCUUCCUCUUUCUCCCUGCUGCUCUAAUCACUGACGCUGCUGCUCUCUCUUCCUCUGUCUGUCCACACGGCCAGGCCACUCUGGAUGAUGCUGGUCUGGAUGACUGCAUUAGAGACCAGGGCUGUCCCUGUCCUCUCUCUCUCUCCGCUGCCCUCCUGUAGAUUCCCCGCUCCCUCUAGGUUUAGAUACCAAGCCACUGGUUUAAAUCCCUGAAGACAAGAGAUUGAGACAGAUGUAGCUAGGAGAUUGAGGAAUAGUAAGUGAGAGAUAUGCACAAGGGUAGACGGCUGCAUGCGGGAAUGCGUGUGUGUGUGCAUUUGCCAGCGUUGUGUGUGUGUGUGUGACUGAAAGCCAAGUGCAUCUUUCCCGGUUGCAGUAGCUACAGUAAGGCCACCCAGGCUAGAUGAAUGUGGAGUAAUAAUUACAUCUUUAUGGCUGCGAGACCUGAAUUAAAUUAGACCCAUUACACAGGAGCCCUGAGGACCGGGCAUAAAUCCUGAUCACAGUGAGCUAGAUAGGAUCCACACACAGAAACACACCACAAUUAAUUUACCCAGUACACACCACAAUUAAUUUACCCAGUACACACCACAAUUAAUUUACCCAGUCCUGAAAGAUAUACUGGCUAUGGACUAUAGCUCUCAUAUGUGCUUCUAGAUUAGAUUACAACGUAUUGAUCAGCCUAUUUAGGGAUUGUUAGUCAUAUUGAGUUUUCAUAAUACCUAUUUGGUUAUGAAGAACAUUAUAUCAAGCUCAUUAGGGAUUAUGUGUUAUAGGGAAGACUCUAUAGCCCUCAAACUCAACUCUGGACCUCAAAGCCAGUUCCACUGCAUUUUUUCAUUGUUCCCCUCUAACCAGGGACUGAUUUAGACCUGGGACACCAGGUGUGUGCAAUUAAUUAUCAGAUAGAACAGAAAACCAGCAGGCUCCGGACCUCGUAGGGUAAGAGUUGAGUACCCCUGCUCUAUAUGAUUGAUGCUAUAAGGAUGAUGUAUUUUUUAUUUUUUUACCUGGCCCCUUCCAGUCACAUCACACAGGUUACAUGAUUUUUUGGUGGGGAAGGGAGGCUGGGUUGGUUGGGGUGUUUGCAAUGACUGCAUGGCACUGUUGACUGCACUUACCCCACCUCCCACCGUAGCAUGUGAGCCCCGUCUUUGCCCUCUGAUCUGCACGAAUCACGAAUCACAACUCACAAAUGCUCUACUAACUGCACCAAUGAAUGAUCAUGAAUUUACCCUGUUUGAUUUUAUGUUAUAUGAUGUUGAGGAAUUGAUUAUUUUAGCUUUUUUUACACCAUAUGCAAUAUCUAGGCCAGUGGUCACCAACCGGUUAAUCGCUAUCGACUGGCCGAUCUCCAAGGCAUUACUAGUUGAUUACCAAACAUUUCCUUAUUUUCUUUGUGCUGUUGGCGGUAGGUGCACUGCGCCGGGAAGGCAGUGUUCCCAUUUUGAACCAUUUCAUGUGUCUGAAGGUAGAACUCCGCCUACCCGGCAGUCCCAGAGAAUAAAUCACGUGCACCUAUAGGCCUACCGCUGGCUGCACAGUUUCCAGACUGUAAAAAUAAACCUUGAACUCACAGCAAAGUUGAUACUGUGAGAUUUAAAAACGUUUAAAACCAUGACUAGAGAGAGACUCAACGAAUACAGCAAAGAGCUGCUGUAUGUUUAAGUUAUUCAGCAAUGUCAACACUUUGUUCAACACUUUUAUACGCCAUAAAAUGUGCGUUCUCCCUACUUCCACUCACGCUACAACCAGCACUGCUGCUGCAAUGAAUGAGUAUAGCAAAGUGUUCCGAUAAUCAUACGCUGUUAUUAUUAACGGCUUGUCUCUUUUAAUAUUGAGGAAUAUUUCACUUUCUCUGGUCAUAGGAGUAACAACAGGAAUUGGUGCAUGAGGCAGAUUAAAUGCAGUGCGACUUGAGUUUCGCCAUCAGCUGGGGCCCUGAGAGGCAGCCUCACUGCUGCUCCCUCCCUCUCCUCAGACUGACCAUCAGAUGCAGGCCAUCAGUCCAGUAAAAUAAACUCAAGCCAAUUAUUAUGCUCACUCAGCUGUGCCUCACUAGUAAUUCAAGCAUAGCCUAUAUGCAGUGAUAAUGUAUUGGGCCUAUAGCCUACUGCACAAACCUCUGCUACAGAACUGUUUUUAAUUGGUUAAUGUUGCAUAGGCUUACAUUUUAAGUUAUGUAAUUUUAAGUUAUGUAAAAAAAAAAACGGUAGAUCUCGUCUUUCAUUUUGACUCCGUGAUCUUGACUCAGAAAAGGUUGGUGACCACUGAUCUAGGCCAUAGAAGUGGUUAGUCCACUGACAUACAGUUCAUGAGGUACUGUAACUAAUGUAUUUGCCCCAGAAGCAAACCAGCUUCGCUCCAAAAAGUAGCUGAAACAGCUUCUGCUCACAUCUCCUGUUUAAUACAUUACCUCUCCUGAAUUAUUUCCAGUUAAGAUUCAGAGAAGCCGCUUUGAAAAUGUCAGCAAAUGCAUUAUUCCUCAACCCAGAACCCAGGGUAACCUGUACUCUAAGCCCCUCCCCUUCCUGUUCCAACGGGGCCUAUGCAUGAGUCACUGUCGACCUCAGACCUUGUAGCCCCGCCCCUCGGGCUAAACGGGAGCCUGACUGCGUGUGGCUUAUUACACACUCUCAUGUAUCUUUGUGAAGAUCAAGCUGUGUCCACUCUGUCCUUGCUGUGUCCGUAUCAGUGUCAACCCUGUUACUCAACACUGGUGUAGGUGGUGUAAAAUUGUCCCCAGUGUGUGUUGAGUGAGAGCGUUGAGUCGUAGAGAGCUGUUCCUCUAGAGCGUGAGCUUGGUGACGGUGAACAUGCACGGCCCCACAGGGACACAGGAGGGGACACGAUGGAGUUUAUUAUUACACAGUACUGAUGAGGAGUUAUGAAUGGGUUAUAGAGGGGAUUGCCAUAGUAAUGUGCCAAAAUAUACUUUGGUUAAUGGAAUUUGGUCAUACACUACAUUACCAAAAGUAUGUGGACACCUGCUCGUCGAACAUCUCAUUCCAAAAUCAUGGGCGUUAAUAAUAUGGAGUUGGUCCCCCCUUUGCUGCUAUAACAGCCUCUACUCUUCUGGGAAGGCUUUCCACUAGAUGUUGGAACAUUGUUGCGGGGACUUGCUUCCAUUCAGCCACGAGCGUUAGUGAGGUCAGGCACUGAUGUUGGGCGGUUAGGCCUGGCUCUCAGUCGGUGUUCCAAUUCAUCCCAAAGUUGUUCGAUGGGGUUGAGGUCAGGGCUCUGUGCAGGCCAGUCAAUUUCUUCCACGCCGAUCUCGACAAACCAUUUCUGUAUGGACCUGGCUUUGUGCACAGGGGCAUUGUCAUGCCCCAAACUGUUGCCACAAAGUUGGAAGCACAGAAUCGUCUAGAAUGUCAUUGUAUGCUGUAGCGUUAAGAUUUCCCUUCACUGGAACUAAGGGGCCUAGCCCGAACCAUGAAAAACAGCCCCAGACCAUUAUUCCUCCUCCACCAAACUUUUCAGUUGGCACUAUGCAUUCGGGCAGGUAGCGUUCUCCUGGCAUUCGCCAAACCCAGAUUCAUCCGUCGAACUGCCAGGUGGUGAAGUGUGAUUUAUCACUCCAGAGAACGCCUUUCCAAUGCUCCGGAGUCCAAUGGUGGCGAGCUUUACACCACUCCAGUCGACUUUUGGCAUUGCGCAUGGUGAUCUUAGGCUUGUGUGCGGCUGCUUGGCAAUGGAAACCCAUUUCAUGAAGCUCCCGACAAACAGUUAUUGUGCUGACGUUGCUUCCAGAGGCAGUUUGGAACUCAGUAGUGAGUGUUGCAACCGAGGACAGACCAUUUUUAUGCACUUCAGCACUCGGUGGUCCCGUUCUGUGAGCUUGUGUGGCCUACCACUUCGCAGCUGAGCCGUUGUUGCUCCUAGACAUUUCCACUUGACCAGGGCAGCUCUAGCAGGGUAGACAUUUGAUGAACUGACUUGUUGGAAAGGUGGCAUCCUAAGUCGCUGAGCUCUUCAGUAAGGCCAUUCUACUGCCAAUGUUUGUCUAUGGAGAUUGCAUGGCGGUGUGCUCGAUUUUAUACACCUGUCAGCAACGGGUGUGGCUGAAAUAGCCGAAUCCAUUAAUGUAAAGUGUCCACAUACUUUUGUGUAUAUAUAGUGUAUAGUGGGGAUCAUACAAUUUUUCAAUGGUGAGAUGACCCACCGUCUAGGAUUUACAACCCAGUGUGGAUAUCACCCAAAAUACUAGAGAGAAUACACCUACUGUAUAAUAUAUUAUUGCGGACAUGUUCCUAGAGUUCAUUUUCAUGUAUAUUGCUGUAUGAGAAGUGUUGAAAUCCUGUGUCUCCCUCUCCACUCCAAGCCUGAGAAUCUGCUCCUAGCCAGUAAGCUGAAGGGAGCAGCGGUAAAGUUGGCAGACUUUGGUCUGGCCAUCGAAGUGCAGGGAGACCAGCAGGCAUGGUUCGGUGAGUACCAGUCAGUCACAAAACAUCUGUUCAAAUAUCACCAAGGAUCCCAAACUUGGCUGUCCAUUUGAAGACUUGUUUUACAUGUCCAAUGCAGCCGUUUUUAUUUAAAUAUCAAAUAAUUUCUGGGUAACAAUUAAUUACCUUACUGUGAAUUAAAAUGGUACAAAAAAAUGAACAAAUAGCUUCUUAGCAAAGGGCAAUUUUUCAAGCAAGAAUUUUGCUAGGACUGGGAGUGGUCUGAGUGGGGAGGGGAAAACUUGCUGUUAUUGGCAGAACGGUUUGGAACUCUCUUUCUUAUUAGUCUAAUUCAUUUACUGCCUGGUAAUUUACUGCCUGGCUGAAAUUGCAGGUGGUCUUUUCAAAUAGCUCUUACACUAAAAAGCAUUAUCAUAAUUUUCACAGUAUUAUUCCAAUCUCUUACACCUGAAAUCUGCACCAACGCGAUUUAAAAAGUUGUAAAUAUGACUUACGUUUCUCUACACUAAAAUAUGCUAGAAUUCCGACAGGAUUAUACAAUCAAAAAUGGCCUCACCUGUUUGAAGAGAACUCUUUCUCUAGCUCAUUUUACGGUAGAAAUGUAUCCAUUAAAAAAAUUAAAAUAAAUAGCUUUGGUGCCAAUUUCAGGUAUAAGUGGUCAUUUAAAAAAACGUUUCACCCAAUACUCAAAACUGAUAAAUGCACAGGAAGCCUGUUCAGUGGACCCGUUUUCUUGCCCUAAUUUAGCAAUACUUGAAAGGCCCAGUGCAGUCAAAAAUGUGACAUUCCUGUGUUUUAUAUAUAUUUUCACACUAUGAAAUGUGUUGUUGUAUACAGGUAGCUUAGUGGUUAAGAGCGUUGUGCCAGUAACCGAAAGGUCACUGGUUCUAAUCCCGAGCCGAAUAGGUGAAAAAUCUGUCGAUGUGCCCUUGAGCAAGGCACUUAACCCUAAUUGCACCUGUAAAUUGCUCUGGAUAAGAGCGUCUGCUAAAUGACUAAAAUGUAAAAAUGUAUACUAUGUAGCCCCAGUGUGUAACUAAGCAUUUACUGUGCUUUACAGACCCUGUUUUAUUCUAAACAAUAUCUAAAGCCACAGAAGCUUUAGAAGUACUUUGGUGUUUACUUUGUCUUUAAACCCAAGGCUCCACCACCAGUGCUGAAGCUAAGUCACCUAGUUAAUGUGUGAGAGGUGAGACUUUGAGGUGUGUCAGCUCUCUGGGUUUAAUAGUGCAGAUUUUAUUAGGUGGAGAAACAGGGCCAUUUCCCUGCUAAUCCCCACAGAAUGGGGGAAUAAUUAUCCUAAUCCCCUGGACUGGCUGUCACCUGAGAAUCAUCUACCCAGUUCACUGGUGGUGCCCCAGGGCAUGCUGAGAAUUUUAGUUCUUUAGAGAAGUAGGCUGCAUUCCACUGGUGGGGAGCCACACUAUGUUCCCCAGAGGGUCGUUCCAGUGGGGAAGUUUUGGAAGCUUGUUAAUCAUGUCCCAUAAACAUUGCAUUAAGGAUUAAUUUGACCUCUAAUUGGCUGUCUCUUAAAAGAGACAGGAUUCACCCUAACCACAGGGAUUCCAGGAUUGUCUCCAGCAACAUUGCGAACGGUUUUAGAGCCUGACGGCCUGGGUGUAUUUGUGCUCCAAUCCUACCUGUCAUAAUCAGCAACAGAGGACAUGGAAAGUCCCGUAGAAAUGGUAGACGUUUUGUUCUAUGAGAUUAUCUUCAUCAGCAAACAUUACUUUUUGAGAUGCACCACAUUUUUUUCUGUCAGAACAGCCUCAAUUCGUCAAGGCAUGGACUCUACAAGGUGUCGAAAGCAUUCGACAGUGAUGCUGGCCCAUGUUGACUCCAAUGCAUUCCACAGUUGUGUCAAGUUGGCUGUAUGUCCUUUGGGUGGUGGACCAUUCUUGAUACACACAGGAAACUGUUGAGUGUGAAAAACCCAGCAGCAUUGCAGUUCUUGACACAAACCAGUGAGCCUGGCACCUACUACCAUACCCCGUUCAAAGGCACUUAAAUCUUUGUGGCUCCUGAGUGGCGCAGUGGUCUAAGGCACUGCAUCGCAGUGCUAACUGUGCCACUAGAGAUCCUGGUUCGAAUCCAGGCUCUGUCGCAGCCGGCCGCGACCGGGAGACUCAUGGGCGACGCACAAUUGGCCCACCGUUGUCCAGGGUAGGGGAGGGAAUGGCCGGCAGGGAUGUAGCUCAGUUGAUAGAGCAUGGCGUUUGCAAUGCCAGGGUUGUGGGUUCGAUUCCCACGGGGGGCCAGUAUAAAAAAAAAAUAUAUAUGUAUUCACUAACUGUAAGUCGCUCUGGAUAAGAGCGUCUGCUAAAUGACUAAAAUGUAAUGUAAAUGUUUUGUCUUGCCCAUUCACCCUGUGAAUGGCACACAUACACAAUCCAUUUCUCAAUUAUCUCAAGGCUUAAAAAUAUUUUUUUUACCUGUCUCCUCCCCUUCAUCUACACUGAUUAAAGUGGAUCAAUAAGGGAUCAUAGCGUUCACCUGGUCAGUCUGUCAUGGAAAGAGCAGGUGUUCUCAGUGUAGAACAAAACAUUUAAGAUCUCCUAAGCCUGUGUUAACCUCAGACCUUAUUUUCUGCGUUUUUCCCUAAACCAUAUUUCUUCCCUAUAGGGAUGGCUGCACAAACCAGAUGUAACUCAUUUCUGGAUUUUAGGACUACAAACUGGCAUGCUUUGGCAACUUUGAUGGGGGUGUGGGCAACAAAAUAUCUGAAUUUAUCAUGAAGGGCCGUAGUGGCUCGUGGGUCUGCGUACCCACAUCCAUACCCACACAUGCAGUCAGAGCCGUCCCUAGACGGUUGGGGGCCCUAAGCAACAUUUUGUUGGAAGCCCGCAUUCUACCUUGUGAUCAAAACAUUUUAGCGGCCCCUCUCUUGACAGCGGAGAGUGGGAAAAAAAGUUUUAGUUAAUUUCCUACAAUUCUACACUUUGCCAAGGGGAGUAGAGAUAAUGUUUCAGUUUUCUAGCAAGUUUGAUGCGACUCUACAUGUUUUCCCAUGGGGUGGAGAAGAUUUAGCAAUUUUAUAAUGCAUUUCAUGCAAUUCUACUCAUUUUGCCAUGUGUCGGGGAGAAAUAUUUGCAGUUUUACAGCAGAUUUCCUGCAAUUCUACACAUUUUGACAUAGGAUGGAGAGAAAUGUUAGCAGUUUUACAGCAAAUGUCCUGAAAUUCUACACAUUUUGCCCUGACUUAUGCCAUGUUAAUAUGAUGUCUGAGGGCGAGUGACUUACAAAAUCAAUGGAUCCCCCCGGUCCGUAAUUCGACCAUGAUUACUAAAAGUUUAGAUGGCUGGCUAGACUAAUUUACCAAUCAAAACCAAUGUUGCUCACAUGGGCUAAUUGAGUAAAGAGCUAGGUUUCUGUCCAAUUGGCGACAGAUUUUCAUGCGAAUAUUCAAAACUCUGCAUGAAAACAAAAUGCACAUUUUCCCACCAUUUACAUUUGACAUUUUAGUCAUUUAGCAGACGCUCUUAUCCAGAGCGACUUAGUGAGUGCAUACAUUUUUCAUACUGGCUCCCCGUAUGAAACGAACCCACAACCCUGGCGUUGCAAGCGCCAUGCUCUACCAACUGAGCUACAGGGGACCAGAGAUGUUUCCAUCAAAUUGACUUGUUGCCGAUAAAAGGUUGUGUGUGGUGACGUAGUGCACAUAAAAAUAACUUCUGUGGUUAAAUUCCCCAUGUACUCAAUUUAAAAAAUACAAGUGAAAUGGGUUUCCAUCGUAUUUUGAACUACUGACACUAUAGACAACCACAAUUGUGCUUGUCAUUUUGGCACUGAAUGUCGGAUUUGGCUUUUUUUUUGUGCAGAUCUUGAAUUAAUGUUCUGAAUUGAUCAAAGGGACAGUCUAAAUUAAAAAACGGGCCACACAAGCUUUAGAAGUUGAAUAGCCCUGGUGUAUGUAAUGUCAUCAGAAGUAUAUUUUCUGGGUGACCUAAAUACUGACAGGUUUUCAUCAAACUGUCUCAAAAAAAGCUUCAACCUGUAACCAGUGCCUGCAAUCUGGUUCAAGUUAUCAGUCAACCUACCAGGGUAUAUACAAACAGCACAGGAAUGAAAUCAUCCAAAUGUAUUGAUCACAUCUUUACUGAUGCUGCAAAAAUCUGCUCUAAAGCAGUAUCCAGAUCCAUCGGAUGUAGUGAUCAUAAUAUAGUAGCCAUAUCUAGAAAAAAACAAAGUUCCAAAGGCUGGGCUUAAAUAGUGUAUAUUUUUUAGUGAUUCCUAUGUUGAAGAUGUAUAAUAUUUGCUGGUCUGUUGUGUGUAAUGAAUUUUUAUUUUACCUUUAUUUAACUAGGCAAGUCAGUUAAGAACAAAUUCUUAUUUACAAUGACGGGCUACCCCGGCCAAACCUGGAUGAUGCUAGGUCAAUUGUGCGCCGCACUAUGGGACUCCCAAUCUGCUACUGACCCUUAGUAAACUUUUGGAAAAAUGGUGUUUGACGAUAUACAAUGCCAUUUCACAGUAAACAAAUGACUUUCAGCACGCUUAUAGGGAAAGGGACUCAACAUGUAUGGCACUGACACAAAUUACUGAUGAUUGGCUGAAAGAAAUUGGUAAUACGAUUUUGGGAGCUGUUUUGUUAGACUUCAGUGCAGCUUUUGAAAUUAGCGAUCAUAGUUUUUUCAGCAGCAGACUGUUAUAGCUUUACAUCCUCUGCCAUAUCAUGGAUGGAGAGUUACCUAAUGGAAGCCUCUCUAAUGUAAACCCGGUCAAUUUUGGCAUACCUCAAGGUAGCUGUCUUGGCCCCCUUUUUUCUAUUUUUACUAAUGAUCUACCACUAGCCUUGAGUAAAGUGUGUCUAUGUAUGCUGAUGACUCAAAACUAUACACGUCAGCUACCACAGCAAGUGAAAUCACAGCAACCCUUAACAAAGCACUGCUGUCAGUUUUAGAAUGGGUGGCUAGUAAUAAGAUAGUCCUAAAUUAUAUAAUCAUUCGCUAAACCCUAAACCUUAUCCACAUCUUGUAAUGAAUCUGGCAAUUGAGGAAGUUGAGGAGACUAAACUGCUUACUGUAACCCUAGAUUUUAAACUGACAUGGUCAAAACAUAUUGAUGGGGAGAGGUCUGUCUGUGAUAAAGCUCUGCUCUGCUUUCUUGACAUCACAAUCGAGAAAACAAGUCCUACAGGUCCUAGUUUUACCACACCUGGACUACUGCUCAUUUAUAUUGUCAAGUGCCACAAAGACGGACAUAGGCAAAUUACAGUUGGCCCAGAACAGAGCAGCACAGCUGGCCCUUAAAAUGUGUGCACUGAGGGCUAAUAUAAUAUGCAUGUCAAUCUCUCCUGGCUCAAAGUAGAGGAGAGAUUGACUGCAUCACUACUUGUCUUUGUGAAGAGGUAUUGGCGUGUUGAAAGCCCCGAACUUUCUGUUCGAACAGCUAACCUACAGGUCAGACACCCAUACAUACCCCACUAGAUAUGCCACCGGUGGUCUCUUCACAGUCCCCAAGUCCAUAACAGACUCUGGGGAACACACAGUACUACAUACAGCCAUGACUACAUGGAACACUCUUCCACAUAACUCAGUCGAGCAGUAACAUUUUAAAAAACGGAUAAACCAACACCUCACAGCACAGCGCGGACUGUGAAGAGACAUGUACACAUGCGCAUACGCACACACACUCUAACACACACACUCUACACAGACCCACACAUUGUAAUAUUGUAAUGUUGUAUUUUAAUGUGCAUUUAAUACUGUACAUUUGUGGUAUUGGAGCAAUGUACAUAUGUAUAAUUCACAAUGUCGAGCAGGCUAUUGUUUUACUAUGAUGUAUUGUUUUAUUAUUGUUUGUACUCCAGGAAGAGUAGCUGCUGCCUUUUCAGCAGCUAAUGGGGAUCCUAAUAAAUACAAAAAACAGUGGGAUGUAAGUGCACAUGCAUCUUGGGAAAUGUAGUUCAUUUAUAUGACGUCUCGUCUCUGUUCCAGGUUUUGCGGGAACCCCAGGCUACCUGUCCCCAGAGGUCCUGAGGAAAGACCCCUAUGGGAAACCUGUGGACAUGUGGGCCUGUGGUAAGGAACUUCCCAACAUGGAACAAUCUAUUUGCCUUUGAGCAAAAGGCUAGUACUGACUACAAAGUGCCUACAUGGCUCUCACACAGACAAUGAGUUCAUCUAGUUCACACUCCUUGAAUUAAUCACUGCAGCCGCUCGUUACAUAAACUCAUCAAGGGCCAGCUGGGCUUUAGAUGUCUACCACACACUCAUUCACAACCUGUGCUCUCUGAAUUCUGGGCCACAAUGACUUAUUUGUGUCGUUGGAGUGCUCUACUGACCAACCAAGGGCCCUUGAGCUUGUCCCGGUAACCUACCAGCCAAUGAGCAACACAGUGCUGAAGUGCUUGGCUUGUUUUUGUCACCACAGUGAUAGUGACAUGAUGGAAACCCUUAUAGUGGGAGGAGUCUAUGAAGAGGGGGUACUUUUCUGUCCUCUCCUGAUCUCUUCAUCCGUGUAACAAUGAAAGCUGUUAAAACUUGUAUUAAGUCCAGAGUAUGUGAGCGGAGCUGGAGCGAGGAGUGGAGUGUGCCCAAUUUGACUGGAGCGUGGAGCGAGGUUCCCAAAAUCUGGAGCGUCGGCUCCAGUAGCGCUCACUUCACGAGCUCAGGGCAUGCCCGGCCCAGCAUGCAUUUGUAGUCUACUUGUGUGCUGCUAUAGCCCCUUGCUUUAGCUACUGUCAUUUAGUAUGCUAAAUAUUUUCAUAAAGAAACGCACAGGUGAAAAAUCAAGGUGACUUACAAAGAUGAGGAGGAUCAAGAGCAAGAGAGGGAGUGUGGUGAUGUAGUGUCCACAACUAAAUAAUCAUUUUGGAAUCUGAAAAGACGGGUAUCACGAAAGCAUGAUGGUGUACUUACUACGUGCACAUGCUAACAGAAAGGAACGAGUUGGGUAGCUAGCUAAGUGUGUCAUUGUAGCAAAGUAUUUAUAGUACCAAAAAUCAGAUCUCUUAAAAGUUUCAUUCAUUAAAUUUCGUUCUAUUAUCUAUACAAUAUGCCACCAUUGAAUAGGCCUGGCAUAUUACCUUCAAAUUUAAAUGCUUCGCAAUUAAUUUCUUUGUAGGCUAUAGCCUUGAAAUAAUUGAAAUAAUAUAGCCUAAAUAAUUCAUUUCCGUUCCUCCUAUCUGUCUGGCUCCUGACCUAUUUAGUGUUUAUAUGCUGUUUAAUACGACAUGUAGCAUCAUAGUCACAUUUUCCUGUUUAUUAAAAUACUUUUUAAUAAACAGGAAAUCAUAUGGUUUGGUUUCAAUACUUCAAAACCAAAUGGUAGGUCCAGGUAGUCACAAAAAUAGAUGGGUGUUGGUUAAAUUGUGAUUUUUAAUGAAUGGAGUCGAAUUUGGAGCUGCUGUUUUUUUGUGGGGGGGGGGGGGGGGGGUGAGGAGCGGUUUUUAGUGGAGCGGUUGGAAAGGACGUGGAACGAUGAGCGGCACUCACAUACUCUGAUUAAGUCAGUAAAGGUCAUUACUCAGAUAUUAUUGGGUCAUACUGGCUUUGAUUGUACUUUCUCCUCUUGCUGAGUUUUGAGUAUAAUUUUGAAAUGACAUUUAUUCAUAAUUGGUAUCGUGCUAAUUACAUGUUUGUGUCUGUCUCAUCAGGUGUGAUUCUCUACAUUCUCCUGGUGGGCUACCCUCCCUUCUGGGACGAGGACCAGCACAGACUGUACCAGCAGAUCAAGGCUGGGGCCUACGAUGUGAGUACUCACACGACACAUACUCUGUCAUGCACGUGCUUUCACACAGACAAAUUGAUCCAUUUGCCAAUCUGUCAGCAGUGUUUAAUACUUACUGUGGAGAGUCUCACUGGCAUAAGGUAUCACCAGUGGUGGAAAAGGUACCCAAUUGUCAUACUUGAGUAAAAGUAAAGAUACAUUAAUAGAAAACGACUCAAGUGAAAGUCACCCAGUAAAAUACGAUUGAGUAAAAGUCAAAGUGUUUGGUUUUAAAUAUACUUAAGUUUCAAAAGUAUACAUUAUUUCAAAUUCCUUAUAUUAAGCAAACCACACAGCAACAUAUUCUUGUUUUUUUAUUUAUUUAUGGAUAGCCAGGGGUACGCGCCAACACUCAGACAUAAGUUACAAACAAAGCAUUGGUGUUUAGCGAGUUUGCCAGAUCAGAAGCAGUACGGACGACCAAGGAUGUUCUCUUGAUAAGUGCGUGAAUUGGACCGUUUUCCUGUCCAGCUAAGCAUUCAAAAUGUAACAAGUACUUUUGGGUGUCAGGGAAAUUGUAUGGAGUAAAAAUUACAUUAUUUUCUUUAGAAAUGUUUAGAAAUGUUGUGAAGUAAAAGUUGUCAAAAAUAUAAAUAGUAAAGUACAGAUACCCCAAAAAACGACUUAAGUAGUACUUUACACCACUAGGUAUCACUGGAGUUGAUUUCCAUGGUUGUUAUCUGACAGUCUUUACAUGAGGUUAAGGCAGGCUUGCUUAGAUCGAUACCGAAACCUCCCAUCCCCUCACUGUUUCUGAGACUUUGACCACAAUCAUUUAACUUUAGCAGGCAAAGCUAAUCUCCUGUUUUGAGUGACUGGAAUGGAACAUGUUUAUCUUGAAGGAAAUGUGUUAGCCACUUGAUUUCAACCCGAGACAAGGCCAUACUUGACACAUCAGAAUUCCAGUCUCUGUCUAUUGGCUGAGCAUUGCCUCUGUUGGAACACCACACAAAGGCUGUUUGUCUAUUUCCUCCUUGUCUGGCAGCUCUCUCCCUGCUCUCCCCAGUCAAUCCUAACGCCUGUCCCAGACAGAUUGAGUCUUAGGACGAGAGAGGAGGAGGAGGAGGAGGAGGAGGAGAGAGGCAGGGGGACAGCCCAAUGCGAUGGCUCAAGCCCAACUUGGCUCUGGAGACGAGCACCUUCUGCUCAGUGAAUCUGUUUUUUUGUCAACCGUGUGAUGUUUUUUUUUGCCAGUUCUCUCGCUGUCCUUGUUUCUCCAAGGACACAUUUUCAAACAAAGCUGAAUGGAGGGAGGGAAAGAGUGAGUGAGGGAUGGGAGGAUAGAUGAAUGGAUGGAUGGACUGAUGGAUGAUGAGCCUCAUUGCCUCUCUCGAUGUUCUCCCCUUCAGUUUCCGUCCCCUGAGUGGGACACGGUGACCCCCGAGGCCAAAGACCUGAUUAACAAGAUGUUGACCAUCAACCCUGUCAAGAGGGUCACCGCCACAGACGCACUCAAACACCCCUGGAUCUGUGUACGUGUCUUUCUCACACACACACACACACAUACACACACACACACACACACAGUCUUGUACAGCUAACCUUGUGGGGAAACACAAUUCAGUCCCAUUCAAAAUCCUAUUUUCCCUAACCCGUACUCUUACCCUUACCCUAAUCCUACCCCUAACCUUAACCCUAACCCUAGCUCCUAACCCUAACCCUUAACGUAUUUCUAACCCUAACACUAAUUCUAACCUUAACCCUAAACCCCCUAGAAAUAGCAUUUGACCUUGUGGGGACUAACAAAAUGUCCCCAGUUGGUCAAUUUUUUGUUAGUUUACUAUUCUUGUGGGAACUUCUGGUCCCCACAAGAAUAGAUAAACACGUCCACACACACACACUCAUACACACAGUCCAAUGGUCCGAUGAGCACACCUACAGACUUAAAACAUUCUCCCCCUCUCUCUCUGUCCUCUCUGCAGCAACGUUCCACUGUGGCGUCCAUGAUGCACAGACAGGAGACGGUGGAGUGCCUGAGGAAGUUCAACGCCAGGAGGAAACUCAAGGUGAGGGAAGGUUUUUCACAGCACUUCACCAGGUUUCGUGAGUGAGACAUUGAGAAAGUGACAAAUUGACUAAAUCCGAGCCCAUGCGUGUCAUAGAGUGGACCCUGUGCACUAUGUAAUCCAAUCAUUACCUUUCCACCUAAUGUUUGACACCGUGUUAGAGAUGAGGUGACAGUGUGACAAGUAUUAAAGCCUUGGCGGUCAGUCGUUCAACUCACUGUUCCUUUUUUCUUCCUCAGGGUGCUAUUCUCACCACCAUGCUGGCCACACGCAACUUCUCAGGUAAGAUGCAUCUACCUACUGUAUUGUAGUUUCUUUCAAGGUCUCUCUUUUGGCUCUAUAUAUCUGUUUUUAUUUCUCCCCUCUCUCCUCUCUUUCUCUCGCUCUCUCACCAGAUCAAUAUUUAGAAUUCUCCAUCAGCUGCUGCUUAAUAAUGCUGCUGGAUGUAUUAUUUCACCAAAACACUUGAGGAAAUCAAUGGGGAGAGAAAUGAGGGAGAGAGGAGCAGGUGUUAAAGAAAGGACUGAUAGAGUGAGAGAGGAACAAGGAGAAUAACGCAUGAGAGUGUAUGGAGCGACAAAAUGUGAAAGUGACAUGAGUUGUAGGGGAGAACUCCAGGAUGAAUACGCUGGCCUUUAAAACGACCACUAUCAGCCUGCUCUCAGUUGAUAUCAAUAGAGACUGCCUGGAGACCAGCGGGGCGAUGCUGAUCAAUGUGGUUCAGACAAUCUGGGCCUCUUAAAGGGCAAUACUUUAAUAUUUUGUCUGUUAGCUGAAACUAUUAAUUCUCUCUCAGGGUGAUUAGUGAAAGGGAGGUGAAAGGAAAGGGGAUACCUAGUCAGUUGCACAACUGAAUGCAUUCAAACAAAAUGUAUUCUGCAUUUAACCCAACCCCUCUGAAUCAGAGUGGCUACUGGAGGAAAGAUGUGGACUUCACUUUCUCCUGCUUCCUUGUAUUUAUUUGGGCAAUUUAAACAGAGUACUGUGUUCAGGCAAGAAAAACACAUUGUUUAAUCUCUCUCUCCCUGUCAAGACGUUGGUUCUCUUGUUACCAGAAAAUAUUUAUUUUAAAAAGUACAUUGUUUUCAAUUUUCAUUCCAUAUAGCCAAUGCUUUUUUUGCUCAGAGCAAGACUUUACACCAGUGGUAUUCAAAGUCGGGGUCGCGACCCUUUAUGGGGUCAGCCCAAAAAUAAAAAAACAUAUUAUAUGGGAUCAAUAUACAAACUUUUAUGAGAAAGAUGUUAUUGAGUAUGUAUUUAUUGGUUUAUUUUCAUUUUGAUGAGAUAAAAAUGCUAUGAGUUGAAGGUUAUUUGUUAAUGUAGUAAUAGAAAUGUACAGAUUUUUUUAAGGUUGUGUCAUUAGAUUUGUAAUGGGGUGGGUUCGCAAGGAAUUAUUUAGGAAAUUCUGGCGUAAAAAAAUGGGGUCCUCGCUGAAAAGGUUUGAAUACCACUGCUUUAUACCCAUUCUGUUUUGUUUACCUUUGUUUUUUCUCCCUUCUGUUUUUGGGAUGUGUAACCUUGUGAGGUAAGAGUCUCUGUCAUGGAAAGAGGCAUGCCUUGGCACUGCUCUCUACCCAUGUGUCCAUCUUGGUAACUUGCACCCCUCUCAGACUAAACAUUUUCACAAACACCUUUCUUCUUCCCCCUCUCAUACACUCUUCAUGCACCUGUGUGGCUUUUGUGUGACAACCCUGAUCACUUUAACCAAUCACUGAGCUUUUCCACGUGCCAGAAAUCUCAUCACUCUACCCAACCAGCCAAUUACCUCGCUCCAUGCGUGGACUAUAUUUGCAUGUUGAUUUAGGGGUGGGUGCUAACGUGUUCUCUACGGAGGAGUUGUUAUUAUGACAUUAACAUGAUUGGAGUCUUCCUUCAAAAAAGUUUUAGAUGCAAGCAAUUGAAGGUCUCUAUUUACGAGUGUGUGUGUGGUAGAGGGCAUUAAACCUACAUUCUUUAGGACUGUCACAGUUGGCCCAUAAUUGACCGUCUUCACUAGAUAUAGUGGCGUGUGUGUGUGUGUGUGCACGUGUGUGUGUCAGAGGUGUCCUCGCUGACCUUGUCCCCGUGUCCUCUGUCCUUACAGCAGCCAAGAGCCUGCUCAACAAGAAGGCUGACGGCAUCAAG